CUUACCCACGCCGUCACCGCGGCCAAGAGCAGCAGCCUCCUGCCCGUCACCAAGAGCGGGCCGUCAGGGGCCCCUGGGAUGGGGUUGCGCCCCCGCACCGCCUUGGAGGACAUCGGCAACCGCGUCGCUGAGCCACCUAAGACGAGGGCUACCGCCAAGAUUUUGAAGGACGACUGCUGGCCGGAGCCGAGCACCAAGCCCGUGCUCCCUGUUUCCCUGCACAACACCGCCACUGCGAGGGUGACGUUAAGAGCUCCCGUGAAGGACGAGGUGCUGCCGCCAAUAUCGGAGUCUGCCCAGCUGGGGUCUCAAAGUGGAUGUGACUCAACAGAGGACACGAUGUGUCAGGCGUUUUCUGAUGUCUUGCUUGAUGUGGAAGAUGUAGAUCUGAAAGAUCGCAGUGACCCGCAACACUGCAGCAGCUAUGUGAAGAACAUCUACAAGUACCUGAGACACCUUGAGGCAAGCAGACCUAUCAGACCCAAAUACCUGACCGGCCAGGAAAUCAACGGGACCAUGCGUGCCAUGCUAGUAGAUUGGCUUGUACAGGUACAGGUAAAAUUCACACUCCACCAGGAGACCUUGUAUAUGACAGUUGCUAUCGUCGACCUCUUCCUGCAGGACAAUCCUGUUUCCAAGAAGAUACUGCAGCUGGUUGGUGUCACAGCUAUGUUCAUUGCCAGCAAAUAUGAAGAGGAGUCUCCCCCGUUUAUUAAUGACUUUGCCUAUGUAACUGGUUACACUUACACAAAAUCACAAAUCCGCCAGAUGGAGGUGAAGAUCCUGAAAGCGCUGGACUUCAGUCUGGGUCGCCCUAUCCCUCCGCACUUCCUAAGGAGGAUUUCAAAGACUGCAGAGAUGGAUGUGGAACAACGCACCCUGGCCAAGUACCUGAUGGAGUUGUGUCUUGUGGACUACGAUAUGGUUCACAUUCUCCCAUCCAAGACUGCAGCAGCUGCUUCCUGUUUGGCUCUGAAACUCCUUGGCGAUUCCAAAUGGACAUCAGCUCUGCGAUACACAACGUACACAGAGAGUGACCUUAUCCCAAUCAUGCAGCACAUGGCAAAGAAUGUAGUUCUCAUGAAUCAGAACAGCAUCAAGCAGACGGCAGUCAAGAAUAAAUAUGCCAGCGACAAAAACGCCAAGAUAAGUGUCAUCGAUCAGCUUGACUCACCUAUCAUACAA